AUGAGCGACGAAGGUCAUCAUACGUCCAAGACACGGUCAAGACUGAAUACUAUCUCUGCCCACCUACAGUCACAACCAACCAUGUCUCAGCAACGACCAUUCAUCACCUGUCACGUCCUUGACACAGUAGCCGGCAAGCCAGGCGCUGGCAUCGAUGUCAAGCUCAAGCUGAUAUCUCCUGCCAACGCGACUACAUCACACUGGACAGCUAGAACGAACAAUGACGGUAGAGUGCCUGCGUGGACAUCUUUGACAGACAUCAACGAAGUGGUCGAGAAAGUGAAGGCAGAGCUGAAGGAUGAUGAUCAGAUGGUAUGGAGCUUGACGUACGAUACGGAGGCAUACUUUGGCAAGGGCAAGACGUUUUGGCCAGAGGUGGAGCUGAGGUUUGCGGCGAAGAAGGAGGAGGAGCAUUAUCAUGUGCCGUUGUUGCUUGGACCUUGGAGUUAUACAACGUACAGAGGCUCAUGA